GCAGUGUAGAAGGAAAGAUGCUGAUCAGCGAAACACAGCCAACAGUGUCAGCAUAAACAUGUAAUGUAGCACAUACGCCAGAAGAUUUCUGUAACCAAAAUGUCUGAUUAUCGGCAAUGCCCGUUCGAUCCACUGCAUAAAAUCGCGGCAAAAACGUUUGCAUCGCAUCUCGUCAAGUGCAAGCGCCAACAUCCGGAUAUAAAGCUCGUGACGUGCCAUUUCGAUACUUCCCACCUGGUAAAGGAGGAGAAUCUGAGGGAUCACAUGAAGACUUGUUCCGGUCGGAAAGAGUUACUGCAGUACAAGGUUAUCAUUAAUAACACGGCUGGCGACAGUAAGGACAAAUUACCCGAUCCGGCUGAUGAUCUGAUUUACAACACGGCUGAGCCCAGCAAGCAGAAAACUACGGGUGGAAGAACGUUACAAGAUGACAGCGAGUGUUGGGAUGAUUUUGCUUACAAGGCAUACGAUCCAUUGGAAAACUGUAAAUCCAAACUAAAGAAUGGAAAAGGGUUCAUCAUACCGAACGCGAAUAGGUUUGUCGGGCAGAUGCAAAAUGCUUCUACUUUAAAAGUAAAUCAAGUUCAAGUUGUUCGGGACGAUUCGGUAGAGCAUCAGGUGGCAGAGGUGGAAAGUUCAGUGGAGAAUCGUCAUGAAGAGCGACAUUACGGUACAUUGGAAAGUGGUAGAUCAAGCAACCAUCGUUCUGUUGAUAGGCAAGAACCGCGUUUCUACAAAAGUGAAAGUACUGGAUCCGGUUCAAGCAGUAAGAAACCUAAAUAUAGUGCUAAAGAUUUUGGUCCAAGUUCCAGUUCUAGUCGAUAUGAGGUUCUAGGCGAAACGAGUCACUAUACCAAAACAGAAGAGCGAUCAUGUCGAAACAGAGAUCGAUCUCGGUCGGAUAGUACCAGUAGUAGCGACCGGAAGAGCCGCGUAUAUGACGGUCAUCCUUAUCAUGGAAUUUAUGAUUCUUCCCGUAGCCGCCAACAUAGGGAUCGUAAUCAGACAGAUAGAAACAGCAGCUACAGAGAAGGAUAUGACAGACAUACCGAUAGCGACACGAGCGAUGGUUCGUACAAUUCUAGAAAGCAUAAGCUGCAGCCUUACCAGAGAUAUAUGUGAUCGCAUCAAAACCAAUGUCGCAAUCAUACCGAUGAUAAUCCGUAAUCAUACCGAUUGAAGCUGUUAUUUGUAGCAAUAUUUUAAUUGAACGUUCAAAUAU